GCUACGAGAAUCACCACCGAUGCUAGAGGAAAAAUUCUACAAUAUUAUCCACAGAGAAUUUGGCUUUUUCGCAAGUAUAUAUAUUCUCCGGCAACAUGUAAAUAACGUGAAAAAGUCAUUCAUAGCACACAAUAUAUGUGAACCAUAACAUAACAGUGAGGUAGCGCUAAACGGGAUUUUCGUGAAGUAUUCGCGAGUGUGUGUCAAUGUAUUGGAUUAUUUGCUUUACAAGUUUGGAGAACGGAUUACAGGAAAAAACCUAUAAAAGCUAAUCCCUUUCAAUUGCCGAUACCUCACUCAGUCGGCAUUGAGAAAAUGGAUAUAAUCCUUUAAACAAAUGAUUAAACGUCUUUAGCUGGCGAAUAAGAUAUACAGAACGUCUUGCUGUAAUAAAAUCGGCUGCAGUGUAUUGGCGAAUCUUUUAGAAUAAAAGUGCUAUCAACUUCAUAUAACGUUGGAUAAGCAGAAUUUAUUCUUUAUUGGAUUUACUUCAGUUGUGAUCCGUUUUGUGAUUUACUUAAAUGAUAAAUUGAAUACAUAGCGUUUUUGCAGUGAUAUAUUAGUUUAAAUUCUACUUGAUUUGGAAAAGCUGUGAAAUUUUUGCCAAUUAUAGGAAUGUGCUGUUCCAAACUGUCAGUAACACAUUUGUUAUCACGUUAAGUCAUGCAAGUGUUUAUCAGCUAGAAUUUAAUCUACAUUCAGUCAGAUAAAAAAUAUAUCUUGGCAUAAGUGAUUCGCGUUUUGCGAAAAAUCAGUGCUUGGGUUAUAUUUGGGUGUAAUAUUAGCAAUUAAGAAGUCAUUUCAGGGAAUACAUACUGAAGUAGUUCGCUGGUGGAAAUCUUGUAAGCGGUCUUAAAAUUCAUGAAAAUAUAUCUCUAAGGAUUUGUCAAGGAUUCCUUUAUUACUUUAACGUCUGCUAGCGACAAGGAAUUGGAUGCUGGGAAUUAGUUUAAAGCUUCUUUGUGCAUAAUUGAUAGAAUAUUUAAGUCUGCUGACGUUUUUCUUAAUAUUAUUUUCUUUUAAACACGUGAAAUUGAUGAAAAAAGAAAACAAUUAGUCUGUCACCUGUACCGGAAAUUGGAAUUUUCAAGUUCAUUAAAAUGCGCUGUUAGCUUUUUUUAAACCUUGUCUUAGAGCAGAAUUAUAUUAUGACACUUAUUAAAUUAGAAAGUUCUGCAACGUAUUUCUGCUACAUCCAAAGCUUGUUGAUUAUUGUUUAUUAUUUUGACACAUCCUGAGCACGAGCGGAGUGUAUGCAUACAUGUUCUACACGUUAGAAGCAUCCCGCGGAGAAAUACGAAGGCUUAUCAGUUCAACAGAUAAAAAGUCCGUAAUUCCUUUGUGUGUCUGUUGAUAUUCUAAAUCCGGAGAUUACACAUUGCUAAAAUAUUCUACAAUGUUUUCUGUGUGGACGUUGAUUAUAAUAACGAUUGGAUUUUAUUCACCGACGACGGCGGCAUUGCCAGAUCAUUUCCGUGUCGCCGGGUUGUUUGAACCGGAAAAUGUGGCACAAGAACUUGCUUUCAAGGCCGCCAUAGAAAAGAUGAACCUACAGCAAAAGGUCGGAUCAAGCCGAAUGAUAGUGUACCACGUGGAACACACACUCGCACAUGAUAGCUUUGAGGCGAAUAAGGAAGUAUGUCGUCAGAUGAAAGAAGGUAUUGCUGCAGUGUUUGGACCAAUUACCAAAAUCCCUCGUGCGCAUGUGCAAUCCAUCUGUAACUCGUUUGAAAUUCCGCACUUAAACGCUCAGUGGGAUGCACGGGAUUCUCAUGACUAUUUUUCAAUCAGCGUUUAUCCGGACUACAACAGGCUAAGUCAGGCAUAUGCUGAUCUCAUCAACUACUGGGGAUGGAAACGAUUUACAGUGAUUUAUGAAGAUGACGACGGUUUGCUGAGGCUACAGGAAGUGUUAAAGGCUACGAAAGGAAGUGACCAUAAGAUUACGGUUCGCCGCUUAGAUCUCUUCAAAAAUACUUAUAUAACCAUGUUUAAAGACCUCAAAGAAAAGGGAGAAUAUCAUAUAAUUGUUGACUGUGAUGUGCAUAAAGUUCAGACUUUGCUCCACGAGGCUUUGAAAGUGAACAUGCUAUCGGAGUUGUACCAUUUCCAUUUUACAACACUUGACCUUGAUCUUGUAAACCUGGAAGACUAUAAGUACAGUGGUGCAAACAUAACAGCAAUAGCAUUUAACCCCUCGAGCAGAAACGGAGGCUGCACUAAUAUACCACGUUGUACAUGUGUUGUACUACAGUCCUGUCCAAACUCAAAGUCGUAUUUCAUAUAUUUACAGACGGAGGUUGCAACAGAGGUUGCGCUAAUGUACGACGCUGUAAAUCUGUUUGCUAAUGCUCUCAAAGAAUUAACAGUUGCUCAGCAAUUUGAAACUGUUGGCCUAUCUUGCAACAAGAAACAAACAUGGCAGUACGGGAACAGUUUGCUCAACUAUAUGAAAUCCAUGGAUAUGGACGGGCUGUCAGGAGAUAUUCGCUUUAACAAUGGAAAACGAACUGAUUUCAAACUAGACAUAAUUGAACUGUCACAGUCUGGCUUGAGAAAUGUAGGUAAUUGGCAGCCACGAAGCGGUAUUAAUAUCACAACCUCAUACAAAGACAGAAGGAAGGAAACCCUGAACAAGCUCAGUAACAUGACUUUGCGUAUCGUGACAGUUUACGACCCACCAUAUUUAACUUUAAAGACAGGAAAAGAUAUCACUGGACCUAAACACGAAGGGUUUAUGGUAGAUUUGCUGGAACUGAUUAAGAGUCGUCUUGGUUUUAACUAUUCAAUAUACCAAGUAGCUGAUCAGAAAUACGGAAACGAAGUGACCGAAGGAAAAUGGAACGGCAUGAUCGGCGAUCUCAUGCAAAGAGAUCCUAAAAAGAGAGCGGAUAUGGCAGCUGCCGGUAUGACUAUUACAUACGAAAGAGAAAAAGUUGUAGACUUUACGAAACCAUUCCUGAACCUUGGUAUUACUGUGGUAUACAAGAAACCAACGAAAGCACCACCAGAGCUUUUCUCAUUCUCGUCUCCACUUUCCAUCCACGUGUGGAUUUAUAUGGUCGCAGCGUACCUCUGUGUGAGCUUUAUGCUCUUCGUUAUAGCAAGAUUUAGUCCUUAUGAAUGGACCAACCCUCAUCCUUGUAAUGAAGAUUCAGACCUUGUGGAGAAUCAAUUCACCAUAUGUAACAGUUUAUGGUUUACCAUAGGUUCACUUAUGCAGCAAGGUUGUGAGAUCGCGCCACGUGCAAUCUCAACAAGGAUAGUGGCGUGCAUCUGGUGGUUCUUCACUCUCAUCAUGAUCUCAUCGUACACCGCCAAUCUCGCUGCUUUUCUAACAGUAGAACGCAUGGUUUCACCUAUAGAAAGUGUAGACGACCUUGCGAAACAAACUAAAAUUAAAUAUGGGACAAUAUCAUCAGGAUCAACCAAGGCAUUCUUUCAGAUCUGUAAAGAAGGGAUUGAACACGGCGAAUGUAAAAUGUUUAAUGCAAAAAAUGAAACUACUACUCCAUAUGACAGGCUGUCAAUGUUCUCGUGUGAUGGACUGUAUACGAAAUGCUGUAAAGUGCAUCCAGAAAUAUGCUUUUUGCCGUUGUCACGAAGUGAUUUAGCACCGACGUCGGCAUCGGGAAGAAUUCUGGCAAGUUCUUGGUACUUGUUCACACUGAUAAUGGUGUCGACUUACACGGCAAACCUUGCAGCAUUUCUUGUAGUAGAACAAUACGUAUCGCCAAUUAAAAGUGUGGAAGAUUUGCCAAAUCAAAUAAAGAUCCAGUAUGGCACUCUAAAUUCAGGCUCAACGAAGGAUUUCUUCAGGAAUUCCGAUAUUCUAACAUAUAAGAGGAUGUGGUCAUUUAUGAAUUCAAAUCCAAAUGCAUCGUUUGUGGAGAAGAACGCAGAUGGAUUUAUGAGAGCGAAAAACUCGGACUAUGCAUACAUAGCUGAGUCAACAACGAUAGAUUAUCAGGUCCAACGAAUAUGUGAACUAAAACAAAUUGGUGGACUUUUAGACUCCAAAGGUUACGGAUUAGCAUUUCCAAAGGAUUCACCGUGGACAGACGAAAUAUCCCGCGAGAUUAUAUAUUUCCAAGAAAAUCAGGAGAUUCAAAAAAUAUAUAAUAAAUGGUGGAAAGAAAAAAGUGGCGGGAAAUGUGAAGUAGAUGGCGGGACAAAAGACGCUAGCUCCCUCGGUGUGAAACACGUGGGUGGUGUAUUUGUAGUAUUAGUGGGAGGUCUUGUUGCAGGGCUGUUUAUUGCGUGUAUGGAAUUUAUGUGGAAGGCGAGAAAAAAUGCAAAGAAAGAUAAACAAUCAUUUUGUUCCGAAAUGUCAGAAGAACUGCGGUUCGCAGUGAAGUGUUUUGGAGGGUCAGAGAAGACUACUCGGCGGGUAGCUAGUAAGGAGAUAAUUGACAAUGGUGUACAAUUUACUCCCAUGAUACCUAUACCAAAUAACAGAAAUCAAAAAGAGUUAUAUGCGUGAUAUAUUUAAAUGGCCUGCGUUUGUAUUUAUAAACUGGUUUACAUGGUUUUUAUGCCGUAAUGAUCUCAUUCACAUCUGACAUAUUGUUAAUUUUGUGGCCUAAUUGAAAGUGUACAUUACUGACUUACAAAGUUUUACUUUUUAAUGAUUAAACAUGAACGUCAUAUUUACGAUUUUUAAUUUGUUUUUAAAGCACGUUGCAAAUUGUUCUUAACAUUACGUUGCCUUUAAUUUUAUUCAAAAAAUUACUUUACGAAACGAAGGGAAAAAAUCAGUAUAGCCAGAUGUAAAUGAGAACGUUUCGUAAGUGAUUAUUUGUGCCAUGGUCCUCAAUAUGGGGAGUGAAUUGAGGAAAACUAAUGUGACCUCACAAAGCUCAACUUUGGGGGAACAAAUAUGAAUGCUGUGGCUGUCCAGGCCAAAGACCAGUCAUGCCAUGAAGCUCAAUGUCAGACUAGAAUGCUAGACUUCAAACAAAUUACUGAUGUCAGACUCGAAUGAUAGUAUUCGAUACAGCUGCAGUUGACACAGUGUUACUCUGGAGAUAGUCUCAAUAUAUAUACAGAUGUCUCAUUCAGACUUGAAUGGUUGUCUUCAAUAUUGCUACAGGUGUCACAUUUAAACCCAGAUGUGCGGGCUCGACAGAUAUUUGUGGAUCUUAUUCAUGACAGCUAUAUGCUUCACAUUCAGGUUAGAAUAUGCAAGUAUUGGCAAUAUUUACAGUCCCGUUCAAAAUGACACUUUAAGCAAAGAAUGGAACGCAGAUUCAGUACAAACUGAAAAUAUUCGAGGGUGAAAACAGACAGACUGCAUCCAAUUAAAGGAUAAGUGGGUGUUAUUACUCAUAAAGAACCAUCUGUUAUUCUAUUUAGACACCCAUAAGUCUUUUAAUAUAACACAUUAUUGAUUUAUAAAUGACCCAUACAAGAAAGGACAGUUGAAUCAAAGUAAAGUGGUGAGACAACUCCAUUGUUAGAGGUAUGAUACGGGGGAAUUAUAUUUCAAGCAUUUAUUACAUGUUAACAUUUCCAUCCAAGACAUUCUUUUUGUGAUUCAGUAUUCAAUUACAUAAUUUCUGUAACUGUUUGUGAUUGGUUAAUUCAAACGCAUAAUUUCUUUAAUUGUCUAUAAUUCGUUUAUUCAAGCGCAUCACUUAUGCAUCUGUUUGUGUUUGGUUAAUAUAAGCACAUGAUUUAUGCAUCUAUUUGUGAUUGGUUAAUUUAAACGCAUAAUUUAUGCAGCUGUUUGUGAUUAGUCUAUUCGAAAUUCAUGAUUUGUGCUCUUGUUGCUAUUGGUUUAUUUAACUUUAUAAUUUGCAUAAUUAUUUGAGAUUGGUUUCAUUUACUGAAACAGACUGUAAACGACGAACAAUUUGUCUAUUAUAUAUAAGAAUACAGAAAUACUCAGAUUUGUGAAAAACACUUGUAUAUGUAUUUUGAUGAUAUUCAAAUGUAAUCUUGUUUGUUUUAAACAUUAUUUUGCUGUGCUAAUGAAAAACCUGGUUCUUUAUUCAGCAAUGUCAAAUAUAAUAUUUAAGCAGUUAAGAGUUAAACUUGAAAAAGAAAUCAAAAUCAUAUAAUGUAAUGCAUCAUGUAUUCUGCAUAAUUAUGUAAAAUGUCAGUGUAUGUACCUUUGUAGAUAGAUGGAGUGGCAUCAAACAGAGGUGUAAUCAGUAUAAUAUUGUAAGUUUUGGUUACAGGAAUAUUGUUAUGUUCUUAAUAUAGGCCUAUUCAUUUCUAUGCAUUUUUUUUCUAGCAGCGUUUAACAACGAAACUGUAAUUUUCAGAAGAAUCAGUUCUUACUUUAACAAUAGAUAUUAUUCCAAUCGAGUGUGGCAAAAAUUAUUAACUGUAUAGUAAGAUUGCAAAAUGUGUUAAUAGAAAAUGUUCAUUGUUUGGCAAGUAAAGGCUCCCUCGAAGCAGUUGAACCAUAAGUUAUACUUACAAACUGAAGUACAACAUAAAACUGCUGGGUUCAAAACUGGAAAAAAAUACCUGUGUGAAACUGAAAAAAAUACCUGUGUGGGCAUAAAUUAUGCUUUCCUCAGUUUUCAACUUAAAUAUAAUUCUGUUUCGGUUCAAAUUUGUAAUUAAAUGUUUCUGUCAUCAGUUGCUUUGGUGUUUUCAGUACGUUUUUACAUUAUGUUUUGUAUCUUUUAAUACAUUUUUCAAAUGAUAAAUAUGUUUGAUUUUGAUUGUUGCCAUACAUUUACAUAUUACCAUUAGUGCCUUAUAAUUUGUAGCAAAUCAAAUGCCGGUAAGAACUGCUGUUAAAAAUUCGAAAAUCGGCCAAAUAUGUUUGUUGAAAGAUUUCUUUUAUAUUUCGGUAUUUAUCUUCAUCAAACGAUCAUUUGCAGCAAAAUACAAUGUGUGAUUUUUACCUGUCAGUUGUUUGGAGUAUUUAAUCUUUAUGAAGUCAGUAGAUUAAGCGAAAUAAAUUUGUGAAGUAAAUUUCGCCCCCUUUAAUAUUUUGGCAGUAUCUUUCUUGAACAAGGAUGAUACUAUCUAUGAAAAAUCAAUAUUCGGUAUUCUUAUGAAUAACAUUUGCAAUUAAAUAAAAACAAAACAUUAAUGUACAUGUACAUUUUGUGGCUUUUGCAAAAUGGCUAGCGGUCGUAGAAUGCAUGAAACAAAAUAACAUCAAUUGCAUUUAUCGGCUUUUUAAAAGCAAAAGGAAAAAACACCAUGUGAUUGGUAACAUAUUCUUCUAAAUUUGUGAGAAAGUUCAAACAUGUACUAUUAGUAAUAGAAAGGAUAUUGCUAACAUAGUUGGAAGGGGCGUUAGAAAUUUUCAGUUAGUAUAUUUAUUACAAAUAUAUAUACAUCUCAAGAGAAAAAAAACGUUUUUAAGGCAAAAUGGCAUCAUUUCAGUUACAGCUAAUUGUCUUUUUUGUCUUUUUUCCAAAGAGAGUCAUUACAGACUGAUUCAUAUUUUUUUGCCAUAUAUUUUCUUAAGACAACUGUUAUGUUUAUGUUCCUGUCGAUGACCAAGUUCAUAGGCGCCAAUUAGCUUAUACUCUUGACACACACGUCACAUUUAGCCCUGUUUUCAACAUGCUGUCAUUUGAUGGAAACCAAUAUAUUGGUUUAGGAUUUUUUAUAUAAUGUUGAGCUGUUAUUGCUGAUAUCAUAAUUAUACUGGAUCAUAAAUGCUGGCGUACUGAUUUGUAAGUAUUUAGUCAGUUUGUGUGAUUUUGUUUCAACUGGCGGUAACAGUACUUACUUUCUUUUAUAGCGCAACUCAGUCGAAAACAAUGGCUGUAAAAUAUUUGUUAUAAUAAAUUAAUUAUGCGUUCACAUUUAUAUGACCUUGUAUCAAAAUAAAUAUCAUAGGAAAACAAAUCCAUCUGAAGGUCUGUCUGGGUCUGGCAACAAAGUGGCGAAAACUAAAUAGUUCAUUGUUUGUACCACAAAACAUGUCCAUUUAAUAACUUAGUUGCAUAGGAAAGUUUUAUAUAGCUUUAACUGAAUUAUAGUAAUAUAUUGUGUAAAAUGAGCAACAUAGGCCCAUCACGGUUCCCUUAGCAUUCAUAAUUUCAUCUUUACGUCCACAUUUUUUUAAAUUUACUUUUAGAAGGCUUCCAGUUGUGCCCUGGCAGUCAGGUUCCCGUAACACACCAAAUGUUUUGAUAGAAGACUAUUAAUAUCUCGAGCCAUAUUGAUAACCUGAUAAUCAUACUGUCCGUUUAUUUUCCCAGUAUGCAUUUAUUCCAGACAAACGUACAUUUUGUAUGAUUAAAGGCUCGGUAUAUAGGAAUAAGUUACAAACUUGUAUCAAAACCUUCUUAGAAAGGUAGACGUUUCUGUUAUUUGAUGCCAGGUUGUGUUUAGCGUUAUAAAUGAAAUAAAGGCACUGUCACUGCAAACUCAUUUGACGAAAUUUUGCAAAAGGUUGAUAUAUUUUGACAUAAUUAAAUCGCCUUCAGGAAAGCAAUUAUGAAAAAUUAAGAUUUUGAAAAUUAAUGUCCUAGUAGGAUAUUCAUGCUUUAUGGUAGCUCAUGACUUAUGUGCUUACAAUGAAUAAUACGUUUUCGUGCAUAAUUAAUGUGUGUGGAAAAGGCCUAUUCCUUAUACUAAAUUGUGUUUUAUAUUUUUGUUUAAAAUUUGCUCAUUUACGCCACUUUUUUCAAAAUUUGUUCUGGAUCAUUAUCAUAGUUUUGAAAUCAAAAAUGACGUGUUUGUCAAAUUUUGCUGCUCGUAUAAUAUUUAAUUUAUCACCAUGUUCAGAAAUUUUUAAAGACACCGAAAAUUCUGUUUACAAAGGGUCAGUCCCCUAUCAGAAAUCAUGAUUUAACUGCGGCGCGUGAAACCAGCUAACUGUCUCCAUCUAAAGGAAUAUAUUUCAUAAGAUUUACAUUUCUUUUUCGUUUAAUUAAAUUUCUUGUUUCGCAUUUCUACUUGACAGCUAUUAAGACAUCUGACCAGAUAUUAAGACUUGGAAAGGUACAUAAUUUAUAGAAAAAAAGAAAACAACAACUUUAAUAUAUUUUGUGCAACCAAGAUAGACAAAGGGAGGUUAUCAUAUUAUCGCGAACUUGAAUUUCUAUUCAAUGAUGGCUCCCUUUACACUUUUCAACGCAUAUUGUCAAAACACAUAAAACAAUCUCAUUAUAUUCGCAAUAAAAAAAAUUAUUUUGUUUAAUCUAAUGUAUUCUUUGGACAAUAAAACUGUUUCGAUCUUUCAGUGUUUGGCGAGCUGAUAGGAUUUUUUUAAAAGACCUUCAAUCAAUAUUUACAUGUAUUAGUUGCUAGGUGCAGUUAAUUGUCAUAUUUCUUAGAUAGAAUUGUGAAAAUGGAGUUAUUUUCCGAUUUGUAAUAAUUUAAAUUGUAAUAGAAUUCCCCUCAGGAACGCCGAGCUGUGUAAUUUUGUCGCCAAAAUUACUAAAAACUAUGUAAGCAUUUGUUCAAAAGCAUGUACAUUAAAAGAAUACUUUUACAAGUUUUAAUACUCUUGAUUCUAAUAAUAUUCAGACGUCCCUUGACAGGCGUCCUCGCAUUUUUGUAUAAUGUAAAUUGCAUAUAAAAUAUACAUUACCGAGUAUUCUCAGAUUAGAUUGUAUCUAAAAUGUAUUGGACGCUGUACAGUUGGUGUGACUAUAAGUUGUAAAAAGAUGUUGGAAAAAAUAUGUUUGUUUAUGUGUGUUGAAUAAACGUGCCAUCAGUGUUAAUAUAAGUCAUGUACUUUGUCACAUUUGAAUUGAACCAAAUUGAAUGAAAAAAGUGCGAUUAUUAUUUCCAGAAAGUCGUUUAGAAUUUUGCAAUAUCAGAAAACAGUUUGAAUAACAUUAUAAAGAGGUUGAGACAGAUAAAAGCUGCAGGUGCACGAUUUCAUUAUUUAUUUUAAAAAAGCGUCCGGAGUGAAACAGAUCAGAAUAUCAAGGUUAAAAUCUACUAUACCGUGAACGAAUGUACUUAGUUUAUAAAGCUAAAUCAGAAGCUUUAAAGCCUCAGCUUUUACUACUCUGGCAGUAAGAUUUGUAGGAGGAGCCUAUCAAAUAACAAGGCUACUCUAGGCUGUCUGUCAGCUAAAAAUAGCUCACUUUCAAUGAUUCACAAGCAAAUGUAAACAAUGAUCAGCUGAAGAAGAAAUAUGAACUUAAAUGUUUUGAUGAUUACAAAUUAUUAUUAUACAUAUUUUGUGCAUCCAUAUCAAUAUCAUUGUUAUGAAAAAUUGAGUUGAGACUAGCAUUCCUGAUUUUCAAUCUUCUUAUUAAUGUAAAUUGAACAGUGAAACUCGAAAUCAAACAUUCUUGACUUUUCUGUCAUUGCUGGCAGGUCCAUUAAUUGAGAUAAUGUUGCAAUAAAUGCAGAAAUAGUAAACUGUUAAAGUCUGAGAUGUAGCACAAUGCACACAAGUUAGCAAGUGUUACUGUGAUAAGGUCUCAUAAAAAUGAUAAGCUAUUUGAAAUAAUUUAUCACUGUAUGUCUGUUAUUUAGUUCCCUAUAUCUUCAAAACAUUUUUUUUAAAUAAUACAUAAAAAUAUAACUGCAGAAAUGAUUGAAAAUUCAAAAUUACUUUUCUGGAAAAGUUUUACAAUGCACUCUAGAAGUUAAUUCCAUUGAUACAUCAAGCCUUCUGCUGAUCAAGUUUGUUGAUAAAAUUAACCACGUGGGAAUUGUUUACAUUCUCUGAUUCUCUAGGGUUCAUGACCUCAUUAGAUCCUCCCGGCAAAUUCAAAUUUUUGGCAGUUUGGUUUAAAUAAUUUUUUGAAACUAUACUUCACAAUUUUUUGUUUUAAAAAAUAAAAACACCAAUUGAUAAAGAAUGUUUCAAUGUGUAUUUAUGCAAUUUUUCAUAACUUUUUAUUCAGUAGUUUAUUUAAAAUUUUGAAAAAGGGCUCUCUGAUGUGAAACAUGCAUAAUUUAUUUAAAAACCUGCCCCAGCGCCACUUUCUGGCUUUUAUAUGGCAUUUUGGGGUUUAAGCGUGCUGAUUAACGUAACUUGAUUUUUAAAAUAUUUUAAGAGACCCGUAUAACUACGUGUAUACGAGUUUCAAUCAAACACGUAGGUGUACACGUCACGUGCUUUAAAUUUCAGCUACCUUUCUAGUAUAGCGGCAAAAUACAGCAUUGUUUAUUGACAUGUUAUUUUUAAGAGAUGUAUUCAUGUCAGUAGUCAUUGAAAUAUAAAAAAUACUACUGUCAGUGAUUGUGAAUGAAUGAUUGCGAAACUGCAUUGAAGAUGAGUGAUUCAGUAUACAAGCUACUGUGAGUAAUUGGUAAACUGUGUUGUUUAGUUUUUAUGAAAUGAUAAGUAAUUAGUAUUCAUAUGGCCAUGCUCAUUAUGCUGUGUAUAGUUGUAUAUAUUUGGUGACAAAACAGUUUGCAUCAUACCAAAUCACUAUUGUCAUAUAAAUCAAUAAACGUCCAGAUUACUUGA